AUGCGCUCUCAGUCUCUUGUAAUGGCAGCCUUGGCCAACGGCGCCGUCGCCGCGAUUCCCACGGUCAGCAUCCCGCUGCACUACUACUAUGGCGGCGGUCACAAGAUCGCCACCAAUCUGGUCAACCCCAACUCCAACAAGUCGGUCGAGGUCGUCUUUGACCAAGGAUCUGAGAACUUCUGGGUUUUUGGGCCUAACGCCAUCAACAACUGGGGAUGCACGGGUUUCUUCUGCCCUGGCCAGUGCAACGCCACUGCUGAGCCGUUUUACGAUUACCCCAAUAGCCCUACAGCCAAGAAACCCGAACCGUUCCUCUCACAGUUCGCCUACGGCGCCUACACCAAGAUCGUGCAAGGCAAGGAGAGCGUCAAUGAUACGUUCCACUUUGCAUCGGAUUCUGGGUUGACCUCCAGCGUUGAGGGACGUGUUGCAAUCGCAGAGUACAUGCAGCAACGCCUGAUGGACGGGGGUAGCUGCAUCCCGGCGCCGUAUGAUCUCGGCAUCCUUGGUGUUGCGCCGUUCUACCGCACCGCUGAGUGGAACACUACCGGACCUCACCUCCGUCAGGAUCUCCUUGAGAGAGGCGAGAUCAGCGCUCCCGUCCAGAGCAUCUGGUUUGAUGAGGCUCCCGCUAACUGGGACGGUACUUUUACUGGUAACGCCGUCUUCGGUGCCAUUGACACGUCUAAGUACACUGGCGAACUUGUCAAGGUCCCUCCCGUCAAGAACGACCGUCUUGGGGCUUCAGUCGGCUACUUUGUCGCUCCACCCACUGUCAAGGUGAAGAAUGUCACCCUCGAUAACUCGGAUUUGAGCUCGCGCAGCUGUAUGAUAGAUUCUGGUACACAAAUCGACGACCUCCCCAUUAGCAACGACGCCCUCGAUGCGUUUUUCAGUGCUGCCGGUCUCACCCGGGAUCCCAUCGGUCAUGUUUCUUGGAACGGCAGCUGUGACUCGAUCCCUAAGGAUGUCACAAUUGACCUCGAGUUCGCUGGUGUCGACGGCAAGACGGUUACUAUCAAGAUUCCUCUGCGCAACUACGCCCGUAACGCCGCAGACCUGAGGCCCGAAUACUGCGUCCUUAACAUCGACACCGGUGGCUGCAUGCUCGGUGCACCUUUCGCCACUGCUGCGUUCUUCGCGGCAAAUGAUGCUGAGAACGAGAUUGCUUUGGCGCAGGGCGGUGUUUCUAAGAGGGGCAGCAAGCCCGAUGAUGCUGCGCUGUCUGUCACCAUCCCUUGA